AUGUUUUCAGCAUCACAUCUGUCGAUAAUCCAGUCCACAUUACCAGUUCAUCUCGUGCUCUCAUUAAAGGUACACAGAGUUAUCCCCAAGUAUUUUAGCUUUGUGUGGUCGUUGGCUCAGUUCCGAUUGGUUGAAGGCUCUCAGUUUAUUGUUGCAUUUGGUCAUCAAAAGAACACAGUGGUGAUUCUCGGCUUAGAUGGAAGUUUCUAUAGAUGCCAAUUUGACCCAAAAGCUGGAGGGGAGAUGACUCAACUGGAAUAUCACAACUUUGUGAAGCCUGAUGACUCUUUCUAA